CUCCCUUGAAGGAACUGUCAAAAUUGCAUGAGCUGUCGCGCAUCGAAAAAAAGGUAAUCAAAGCGAGAAAAUUCGAUAUCAGUGGGAGGUGGUUCUUGAGCCUGAAUUUCUUUCCAAUUUCCACCGCAAAAUCAGCAGCACCCCGUUCCGAUGGCCGCGACGCUCAAGCCCUACCUGACGGCCGUCCGGCACACCCUGACCGCGGCGAUGUGUUUGACCAACUUUUCGUCGCAGGUCGUCGAACGGCACAACAAGCCGGAGGUCGAGGUGCGGUCCAGCAAGGAGCUGCUGCUGACGCCGGUGGUCAUUUCGCGCAACGAGAAGGAACGCGUCCUGAUCGAAACGUCGGUCAACUCGGUCCGGAUCAGCAUCGCCGUCAAGCAGGCCGACGAGAUCGAGAAGAUCCUGUGCCACAAGUUCACCCGGUUCAUGAUGAUGCGGGCGGAGAACUUUAUCAUCCUGCGGCGGAAACCGAUCGAGGGCUACGACAUUAGCUUCCUGAUUACGAACUUUCACACGGAGCAGAUGUACAAGCACAAGCUGGUCGAUUUUGUAAUUCACUUUAUGGAGGAGAUUGAUAAGGAAAUCAGCGAAAUGAAGCUGGCGGUCAACGCGCGCGCCCGUAUCUGUUCGGAGGAGUUUCUGAAGCGGUUCUAAAGGGGGUGCCGCGGGUGGGAAAUGCGUGCAUUUAUUCAACGAGAGCAAUUUAUUUUGGAAUUCCAACGUUUUGUUUUUUUUUAUCGUGAAAGUUUUGUUCUUCUUUAUUUUAGCGUUCGGAGUUAAACCCGGUGGAACGAAUAUGCUAAGGCUAAGAAAAAAAAAUCAACAACCCUUUCUAGAAGACAUGUUUCAAGUAUUACAGUUACUACGAAUUAAAGUGUAUCCGAUUAAUCAUGAGCCAAAUGUAAGUACGUUAGAUUAACCCUUCUUCAAACA